AUGCUUGGUAGCAGGACAGUAGGAGUUCAGCAGGGACCAAGUAAGGAAAAUGGUGGGCCUAUCGGGAUCCCUUCUUUGCCCAUUAUACAAAAGAAGGCGGUUGCAGUUCCAGUGAAAUCAGCAACAAGUGGAUCAUCAAGAGAAUUAUCAGAUGAUGAUGAACUUGAUGGAGAUACAGAAACAACUCAAAAUAUGGACCCCACAGAUGCAAAACGUGUCAGAAGAAUGCUAUCAAACAGAGAAUCUGCUAGACGAUCAAGGAGGAGAAAGCAGGCCCAUUUGACUGAGCUUGAGACACAGGUUUCUCAAUUAAGGGGAGAAAAUUCUUCAUUACUGAAGCGUCUCACAGACAUAAGCCAAAAAUACAAUGAAGCAGCUGUUGAUAAUAGAGUGCUGAAAGCUGAUGUUGAAACAAUGAGAGCGAAGGUCGAAAGUGUGAAAAGAAUUACGGGUUUUAACCCAAUGGUUCAAACCAUGUUGGAUAUAUCAACAAUGGGUCCCAUGCCAUCAUAUUCUUGUAGCCCAUCCGGUGCACCCUCGGAUACUUCAGUUCCUUUACAAGAUGACAUGAAACAACAACACUUUUACUCCGGCCAACCACCUCCCGCCACCAACCCCCACCACCCUACUCCCGCCACGAACCACCACACAUGA